AUAUAUAAAUAGGAGACAACCCUGAUUUCAUUCGUCACAUCACAAUCGGGGCCAUUUGGGGUCGGGUGGCAAACAGCAAUUCAACUGCCCCUCUUCAAAGUGAAUCCGCUGUUCAGGCGAUAUUGCUAGCUAAUCUAUAGCGAUGGGAUCGUUUAAAAUUGUGUUGAUCCUCGGUGUUUCAAUGGCAGUGGCUUAUGCCAUUGAGGCCACCAACCCCAGCCAAUUGACUGGAGAAAUGGGGGCCAUUGAAGAGGAGACGAGCCACUUGACUGAAUUGUUUCCAGCUGAUAUGGACAUGGAUGAGAGAAAGUACAAAGUUUACUAUCGCGCAAAAUCCAAGGGAUAUGGCAACAACGGUUAUGGUGGAGGAGGAUACGAUGGCGGUGGAUACGGUGGCGGUGGAUACGGUGGCGGUGGCAAAGGGAGCAAAGGCAAAGGCAAAGGCAAAGGUGGCGGAGGUGGAUACGGAGGCGGUGGAUAUGGCGGUGGCAAAGCCAAAGGAAAAGGCAAAGGCAAAGGUGGAUACGGUGGAGGUGGCAAGGGAAAAGGAAAAGGAAAAGGCGGUGGAUACGGUGGAGGUGGAUAUGGCGGUGGAGGUGGAUAUGGCGGCGGUGGAUAUGGCGGCGGUGGAUAUGGCGGAGGAGGUGGAGGAGGUGGAUAUGGCGGUGGCGGAGGAGGUGAAUAUGGCGGCGGUGGAGGAGGAGGU